AGGAAAGCUUUGCUCGAGGAAAAGAGACUGCGCGUGACGUCACUUCCUGGCCUUUUCUUUUACAAGUUUGGCGGGCGCACGUGUUGCCCCCCCGAAUAAUUUUUGCAGUCGCAGCCGCCCCUCGCUUGGCCGGGUUGCUAUGAGUUUGCCUCUCAAUCCAAAACCAUUUCUAAAUGGGCUAACUGGGAAGCCAGUAAUGGUGAAAUUGAAGUGGGGAAUGGAAUACAAGGGCUAUCUUGUAUCGGUUGAUGGAUACAUGAAUAUGCAGCUUGCCAAUACCGAAGAAUAUAUUGAUGGUGCAUUGUCGGGACAUCUUGGUGAAGUUCUGAUAAGGUGCAACAAUGUCCUAUAUAUAAGGGGUGUAGAAGAAGAAGAAGAAGAUGGAGAAAUGAGAGAAUAAUGUUGGAAAAUCUUGUGUUUUUUUAAUGUGUAAAAUAUAUAUAUUCAGUUGUAGCUUUUGAAAAAAAAUUCAUGUUUUGUAACAUUACAUUUUGGGGGACAGAAAAAUACAUAUGGCUGAAAGAAACAGUCAAUAUGAAAGAUGAACCACAAAUAUAAAAACUGGGAUUGUUUAGCCUUAAUACAAAUAUUUUAAAGUAAAUGGGAUCAGAUAUAGUCCAUCACCAUUUAUGUUAUAUGACUCACUAAGCUAGGAGCAAGACCUAUAACUAGUACAAAAAUAACACUUUACCCAAAAAAAACUUCAAGUAAAGUAGUAAUCAUCUUCACUUCUUGUAGUUGCAUCUGUAGCUUGUUCUGCUUCGUACUUAGUCGAUGGAGGCUGUGAGCGGUACACUAGUUUUCUUCCCGUCUAAAACAAAGCCGAAAAAUAUAAAACCUUCAUAUGCAUGGACUUUUAAAAUCAGCCUUAGUUUUCCUGCUAAAGUUCCCAUUACAUAGUCUUUCACUUAUAUUUUAUACAAAUGUAGAAACACUUGAAAUGGAUGCCUGUAGGUAGAUCUAAUUAGAACAAAACUAUCAGACAAAACACAUUUCAAAGUUGUUUUGAAUGGUGGGGGGAGGUGAAGCCUUUUUUGUCUGGGAACCCAGUAAAGUCACAUCACUGGACAUCUUCCAUCACUCUUUGAAUUUGGCACACCUGAAAGUACAAUUAAAUGCUUUGCAGGAAAGAGUUUUGGCAAUGUUUGUAUAAAUUCUUUCGUUUUUGUGACAUUACUGAAAAUAGUUGAAGAUAGUCAUGAUUAACUUGGCCCCAUUAAUAUGGAUAUGUAUCUUAAGGCUAGAUGUUUAAUAUCCUAUUUUGAUUGAAAUUAUGUUGUGGCUGGGAUUGCUCCAGAAAAUAGCUGUCUGCACAUUUUGUUACGGACUUUAUGAUAAACAAUUAAAAAAUUCUUUUAGACA